AGAAAUUGAGAUGCAUUAAAGGAGUUAAGGAAUUAAAGGAACUAAUGCCACCAAUGAUGUGGGAAUAUGAACGCAGCCAUCCCGCUAACACCUACAACCUGGUAUGUCAAAUUUGUAUGAAGUCACAACAAAAACAAGACAACGUAAAACCUCAAGGUUGUGUGCAUGCCUCCUACUCUCCAUCCCCCGCGAUGUCUCGUCACGCAUCCUUCCCUUCGCAUUGUUGCUCAACGCCAAAGGGGGCAUGAUUGACCCUGUGGUCUCGCUGGCAAAUGGCCGAAUCAGAGGAAAAAUUGUGUCUGUGAAAGAGACAGAGAUCAAAGUGAAGCAAUUCCUGGGAAUUCCUUUUGCUCGUCCUCCACUGAGGCACCUCCGACUUGCUGCUCCCAGAAAUGCAGAGCCUUGGGAGGGGGAAAGAGAUGGCACGCAGCAACCUGCUAUGUGUAUUCAGGAUGCUGAUUUAAUUGUGAAUGUUUCCAGAAUGAUGUCAGUGGAAUAUACUCCAACAGAAGUUUCAGAAGACUGUCUAUAUCUGAAUGUAUACACUCGAGCUGAGGCAAAAAGGGGUGACAAACUGCCAGUCAUGGUGUGGCUCCAUGGAGGAGGUCUGGUCAUGGGUGCUGCCUCUCACUACGAUGGUGCUCCGUUGAGUGCUUAUGAAAAUUUAGUGGUGGUAAUUGUUCAGUAUCGCCUCGGUAUUCUAGGAUUCCUGGGCACCGGUGAUGAAUACCUUCGAGGGAACUGGGGUUUCUUAGAUCAGUUGGCAGCUCUGAGGUGGGUACAGGAAAAUAUUGAGGCCUUUGGUGGUGAUCCUCAAGCUGUCACCAUUGCUGGAGAAUCUGCUGGAGGCAUCAGUGCAUCUAUACUGACUCUGUCUCCGCAAGCACAAGGAUUGUUUCAAAGGGCCAUUUUUCAAAGUGGAGUUGCAACAGUUGGAACCUACACUAGCAAACAUUCAUCAGCUCUUGUGAAGAUUGUGGCCAACUUGACUGGAUGCGAUGACAGUUCGUCACAGGAACUGGCUCAGUGCUUGAGAGGAAAAAGCAAAGACGAGUUAGUUGCUGCAACUAAAAAGAUGAAAAUUUACCUGGGAGGCGUGGUCGAUGGUGUCUUUCUGACUGAUACUGCAGAUGAGCUUCUAAAGAGGAAAGAAGUAAUGCCCGUUCCAGUUUUGAUGGGAAUAACCAACCAUGAAUUUGGGUGGAUUCUGCCUCAGAGUUUUGCUCUUCCUGGCUGGGCGAACGGUAUGACAAGAGAGUCUGUGCUCACAAUGGUGAACAUGUUCAAUCCUGAAGGGACAUCUUUAGCCAACAGUCUGAUUGUGGAUGAAUACCUGAAAACCGCCAACACCCAAGUUGCCAUUCGAGACGCAUUUACUGAACUCAUGGGAGACCUCCUGAUGACGCUACCUGUGGUCAAAGUGGCAGACUACCACACUGAUGCGGGCAAUCCAGUUUACAUGUAUGAGUUUGGGUAUUGUGCUGAAAUGCAUAAAGCCUUCAGGCCCCUUUUCGUGAAGGCAGAUCAUGGCGAUGAUGUCGGCUUUGUGUUUGGCGGAUGUUUCUGGCGUGGUCAUGUCAAAUUUAUGGGAACCAUUACCAAAAGGGAUGAACAACAUUGUUUAACUAUAAUGAAAUACUGGGCCAAUUUUGUCCGUACUGGGUCACCCAAUGGCCUGGGACUGGUCAUUUGGCCUCAGUAUGACAGGCAGAAGCAGGAGUACAUGGAGCUUGAUGUGAAACAAACUGUAAGACAGAAGUUGAAGAAGGACAGAGUCCAUUUUGCAACGGUCACUCUCCCUCAGAAAGUGAAAAUGUUAGCUGCAGCAACCACGUCUGGAAAGUGACCUCGGGAAAUGUUGGCCUUGUAUCCAUUACUACUUCUUCAAGGAUAGAGAUUACAUACCUCCAUGUUAUAACCAAGUGAUGUGAGAUCUUGUGACGUGAAAGUAUUGAUUAUUUUUUUUUAUCCUUCAAUUGUUUCCACAAGUACACCAAGAAAAAUACAAUGUACGUUUUACAAUACUAAUUGUAAUCAAUGGGAAUCGAUCUCUGCUUAAAAAAAAUACCUCCAUGGUUCAUUUGAAAGUGUAGUUUACAUAUAAUUGUUUUGUGACUUGUAUUUUGUAAUCAGCACUAGAGGGUAAAAGAAAAUAACGAGUGAUGACUGUCACGUCCCAUCGGAAAGGAGAGUAGGACCCAAAUGCAGGAACUCGGAAGACGCAAGGUAGUUCAAGAAGAGACACGUUUAUUGUAGGCAGAGGUCGAAGAUCGAGCAGGCAGUCCAGUGCAGCUGCGGUAGUUGUGACGUCGGGCGAAGAGAACAGAUGAGCGGACAGGCAGCAGUCGGUACACGGGAGAACAAUCAACGCAGGCAGAAGUAUCAAGGAGUCAGGCUUACAAGGUUGGUCGGAGAACGGACGAAGGUCGGUACACACCGGUUCAAUCAGGAAUUCGAGAGUGCUGGAACGGGACAUAAAGCUCAACGAACUGGCGGAGGACCAGUCGUCACCGGGUCCUAUAUAUACACAGGGGAUGAUCAGCCCGCAUGAGGCGCAGGUGUGUGCCUCCCAAUAAGCGGCUGAAGCGGCAGGAUCAUGACAAUGACAUCUCUUAAUCACAUAUGGAGAAGGGUUAAAAAGGUGAAUAGAAAUGGGUCAUUUGGACUUUUAAAGGUUAUUCAGGAAUUUAUUUCAAAAUACAUUAGAUAUUUGGAAAUCAAUGCUGAAAAUACAUGAUUUAAAUCAAAUCCAAUUGCUUUAUACAGUUCUUUUCAUACAUGAAAAUACAACACAAAGUAUUUUUGGGAAUUAAGACCAAUACUAAAAAUGCUAAGAAAUAUGCAAGGCCCACCCAUCCCACCCCACAGAAGAGGCCUUCACAAAGACCAUUGUGACCCAAGGAGACUGGGAUGGGUUUCUACAUUGUUCAGAUGCUCCCUGUCCCUCAGUCCACAGGGAAACUGUAGAAUGAUAUGCCCGCAGGUGAGAAUCCAGUGUGGAGGCUCCCAUGAGGAAACACCGGACUUUAAUUGAAAAGCUUAAGAAGCAAAGCAAAGUAAAUUUAUUGGAACAGCAUAUUCCAUACACUUCUUCUUCUUUUCCUUUUGGCUUGUCCUGUCAGGGGUUGUUGUUGUUGGAACCAGGCAAUAGCAUUGUUCAGUCGACUUCUAGUUCCAGAAAGGCAGCCACUUCCUUCAGGCGUUUCCACAGGUCCAUUACGGUCAGCAUAGUGGGAGCUGCUGCUCAGUUGAAGAUGUGCUGCGUGUCGUGAGAACCCUGUCCGCAUUUUUGGCAGAGUCCUGUCAGGGGUCUCCACAGCAUGUCAUCUUUUUCCAUGUGCACCUUGGUCUUCCCUCGCAACAUCCAUCAACCUUCUCUUUGAUCUUCCUCUCGCUCUUUUGGCUGGCAGCUCCAUCCACAGGACCCUUCCACCAAUAUACUCACUCUCUCGCAUCUGGUCAUGUCCAAACCAUCAAAGUUUGCUCCAUUUGUCUCCAAAACAUCCAACUUUGGCUGUCCCUCUUAUGACCUCAUUUCUAAUCCUAUCCAACCUGCUCACUCCUAACAAGAACCUCAACAUCUUCUGCUUCCUGUUGUCUCUUGGGUGCCACCGACUCUAAUCCGUACACAAUGGCCGGCCUCACCACUGUUUUAUAAACUUUGCCCUUCAUCCGAGCAGAGACUCUUCUGUCACAUAACACACCAGACACCUUCCGCCAGCUGUUCCACCUCGUUUGAACCCGUUUCUUAACAUCAUUACCAUACUCUCCAUUGCUCUGUAUUGUUGACCCCAAGUAUUUGAAGUCAUCCACCCUCGCUAUCUCUUCUCCCUGGAGCCUCACUUUUGCCCCUCCAUCCCUCUCAUUCACACACAUAUACAGUAUUCUGUUUUACUUUGGCUAAUCUUCAUUCCCCUCAUUUCCAGUGCAUGCCUCCAUCUUUCUAAUUGUUCCUCCACCUGCUCCCUGCUUUCACUGCAAAUUACAAUAUCAUCUGCGAACAUCAUGGUCCGAGGGGAUUCCAGUCUAACGUCAUCUCUCGAUUCCAUUACCAUACAUACAUACAAACAUUACCAUAAAGAAUAAGGUGCUCAGAGCUGAUCCCUGACACCUCAUCUCUGUUCUGCUGCCCUCUCACAUGUCCUGCACUAUCCUAAUAUAUUUCUCUGCCACACCAGACUUACGCGUGCAGUACCACAGUUCCUCUCUUGGUACUCUGUCAUAGGCUUUCUCUAGGUCUACAAAAACACAAUCUCCGCGUCCGUGUCUUACGCUCCAGCAUGAUAAUGCACAGCCCCAUGUUGCAAGGAUCACUUCACAAUUCCUGCAAGCUGAAAACAUCCCAGUUCUUGCAUGGCCACCAUAUUCCAUGACAUGUCACCCACUGAGCACAUUUGGGAUGCUCUGAAUUGCCGUAUAUGACAGUAUGCUCCAAUUCCUGCCAAUAUUCAGCAAGUUUGCAAAGCCUUUGAGGAGGAGUGGACCAACA